AUGAGCUGGGAACGGUUGCAGCUGGGCGGGGAAGGCUUAUUAUAGCCUCCCUUUACCCUCGUGUGUUUGAAGUGUCUUGUCAAGAAAAGUUAGAGUCAAGUACGGGGAGCUUUCACUCAGCAUUUGUGUGGUUCAGGCUCAAGUGUACAUGUGGGGGAUUCCCUGCCUCUGCUCAGCCCACUUACAUAAUACAAUUAUUUGCUUUUGCUCCCCUUCUUCUUCCUUAUGCAAGUUAUUAAGUGGCCGAGGCUCUGGAAGCAUCGAGCACCCCUGGCCGGCCCGGGUAGCCACAUGCUUCCCGUUUCUAUUGCGCCCAGGGUCCUCCUGGGGCCCUUGGUCCCUCAUGGUUCCUUCCAGCACCUGACUGUGAGGCUCCACCUACAUUUUUUUUUCCCAAGACCUGUUUCAACAGGAGGCCUCACUCAGAUCCUCCCUUGAUCCGUCACUCAAGACAGCCAAAGCAGCCCUGACACCCAGCCCUGGCUCUUCAGGGCCCUGCGAAGGCUCCACAAGGAACCCGAAGCCAGCCUUUGGUUUAUAGGCAGCGAGCGCUGCAGUGGAAAUGUCCGCUUUCAUUCCGGGCUUUGACCAAAGAAUGAAGAGGGGCAGCUUGGGACAUUUUUGGGGGACCCGAUAACUGGCCAACGGUGUGAAUGCCACAGCCAGCUUGUGUUCCCCAGGCACACCAUGUCGAAGCCCCUGUAGCAUUUGCUUUUUGCCGGUGUUCACUUCCCAGGCCAUGAUGGAAUCUCUCUGUAGAACCGACAGGCAGAAGAGCAGAAACCCUUGGGAAUGGGAGGCAGAGGAGCCUCUGCUGGCCCCUUUGCUUCCUGCAGGUCUUAGGGAGGAGGCAGGUGUGACAGAGUUGGUGUGAUUAUGUCCGACAGCUGGCACCCUUUGUUCUAGCUGAGGAUCCUUCUCUAAGGUACCUUGUUCUAAACCAGUCUCCUCCUCGUCAGGCUAGAGGCAUGCAUGUGUGUGUGGACCCACAGCGAUGGAUCCGAGGGUUGGCAAAACCCAAAUGCUGGCACUAUGCAUUUGAUAUUUAUUAUUCUCACGUACACUGAUGCGUGCAGGUGUGCAUGCAUGAGUGCUAGCACUCGCAUGUGAAGACAUGGGGCUGUCAUUCCUUAGGCACAGUCCACUCCCCAACCCCUCAGUGGCCAGGAUUCCACAAGUAGGUUAGGUGGGAUGGCCAUCAGCUCCAGGGGUCAGUUCUGUCCCUGCCUCUCCACAUCUGGGAUUCAGGAGUUCGCUUUUCUUAAUGUGGGUUCUGGGGAUGGAACUGAAGUCCUUGUGCUUGCACAGCAAGUGCUUUCUCUAGUGAGCUCUGUAUCUUCUCAGCACUAUUUCUAGUUAAGUACAGGGUUUCAUGCGGCCCAGGCUGACCUCAGACGCCUUCUGAUCCUUCUGCCUGUGCUUCUCAAGUGUUGUUUCUACAGGCUUGUGCCAUAAUGUCGAGCUUUGAGUUUUCUCUAAACUCUGUAUGGGGGCAUGGGGCAUGUGCUGUGGUAUACAUGUGGAGUCAGUUCUUCUGGGGAUCAGUUCUCUCCUUUUACCAUGCGCAACCCGGGAGUAGACCUCAGGUCAGGAUUUGGCAACAAGUGCCUUCCGUGAAUCAUCUCGAAAGCCCCCGGAUUGGAUUUUUUUGUUUGUUUUUGUCUUAGGUUUUUGAGGCUGGGUCUCUCUCUCUCUCUCUCUCUCUCUCUCUCUCUCUCUCUCUCUCUCUCUCCUCAUGGCCCUAGCUGUCAUGGAAUUCACUCUGUAGAACAGGCUGGCCUUGAACUCACAGAGCUCUGCCUGCCUCUGGGACUGAAGGCGUACGCCCACCGCCCAGCCUAGCUUUGGUUUUUAAACUUACUGGGUGAUGAUGCUCUCAUGAGAGUUGUGGAAGGUGAGUUACCUAGCAGUGCAGCCUCCACCCCUCACCUUUCCCACCGUUCUGGGGCCCACUCGAGUGUGAGGUUGGGAGACAGGAAUAGUGAAGGGGACUUAGUGGUCCACACCUGUAACCUCAGCCUAGGAAACAGGCAGGGUGCUCAGGAAUCCAUGGCCGCCUUCAUCUGUGUCCUGAGUUUGAGGCCAGCCUGGGCUACCUGAAACCUACCUAAAAGAAACACAAAACCAAUAGAACAAAAGGGGCCAAGAACACACCUCAAGGGAUAAAACCCUGAUUUUGAUCCCUAAACCCACAUCGUGGAAGAAAAGAGAACAGUCGCAAGUUGGUCUCUUGACUUCCACAUGUGUGGGAAAUAUCGAUUAAGAAAACCAUAGAAAACAAUGCAGAGAAGCUGUGCGCGGUGUAGGACAGCAGCAGACACUAUGGGGAGGAGAUUAGUCAGGAGGGAAUAUGAAGUAUUAGGUCGGAAGAGGAAGUUUUAAGCAGAAAAGCCAGAGGACAGCCAUGGAGGAGGUAGGCGUGUGUGGCGAGGGCUAUGCAAAGGUCCUGAGAGGAGUAAGGUGGAGUUGCUCCUGGGGCAUAAUACCAAUUUAGGGAGAUGGGGGCGACAGAGGUGGAUGUGGUAAGAGCCCGUUCUUCCCUGUUCUCUAAAAUAACAAGAGAAAUCUGAAUGUUCGGUGCCACGGAGCCCACUGCAGGGUUGACUGUUAAAUAGUGUUGCUAUUUGCGUGGUAGCCACCGCUGCGUGGGCUGGAACUUAGACAUCCAGGUCCCUUCAUGAGAGACACGGUGCUCGCCAGCCUGCGGUCCCUCACAUUGUAUUGAGCUUCCCUGACUCGUAUUGGGUUGGACAAUAACCGGACUGUGGGUCGUGGGUGGAUUAAGAAUGGUUUAACAUUGAGCUUUAGGAAGUUAGGUCUGACAGCUUCCUUCCAUGAGCAAGAGGCUUUGGUCACUCCUACUCACUCUAAGGGUUGGUGGCCAGAGAGCAGACCCUGUGUCUCCUUUGCUUUCACUGAUGGCCUGCAGUGCCUGUAACAGCUCAGAGUAAGAGCCCUUGUCCAGCUAAGCCUCAAGGCUUGGCUCUGGUGCAGUCUGACAGAGUCCUUCCCUACCAGACGGGACCUGGUAGGCCAGUCUUCAGCCUUCUCAUCUUGGUGCCUGAGUUUAGAGUGGCCAUGGUGGUGUGUGCUGGGCUGCAGUGGAGAGGAAGUGGCUUGGGAAGAGGUCUGGGAGUCAUGGUGUGGAGGAGGAAGAACACCCUUUGGCCCCUCCCAUUUGCCACACCCUUAUACUGACCAAAAAGAUAAUCAGAAGUCCUCAAGGAUCCCCCCCAAGGACCGACUCCUGGUGUAAGAUAAAUGCAAACGAGGCAGGGCCCAGCCUUGGGACACCUGGGCCAGAAGUUGCCUUGGUUGGUGUGGCCUUGGCUGCUGACGGUAAUGGUGACGGUAGUGGCAGCAGGAGCAAAAACAAGUUUAGGCAUCUAAUGUGUGCCGGACACGGUGCUAGGUACUUUACACGCAGUAACCAACUUACCCCAAGCCUCUCAACCACCCCUUCAGCUAACCCACUUAUUCCCUUUGUAGAAUUUGAAUAACUCACUUUGGAGGUCAAAGGGUGGUUCUCAGGCCUGCAGAAUCACAGUGGGCUUGUCCAGAAAGCUCUAUGCUCCAGGUCCAGUGAGAGUGAACAUUUGCACUUUUAAUCCCCCAGGAGCUACCAGGGUCCAUGUCUAGGAACCACGUUUUGAGACUCAUUGAUCUAUCAUAGGAAGCCCCAACAUAAUGGACUGGAAAUGAGAUAUCACAAAGACUCCCAUAGGUCUCAGCAAGGGUCCUUUGUGUCCCUCAGCCAUCGGCUGUGCACCUCUCAUGAUCCCUGGCUCCCUGUGUGGCUCCAGUUUGCACACCCUAUAGGGCCCUGUGCAGCAGCAGUUAAGGGCACCUCUUACUGUGUGUCCCUUUAAGAGAGAAGGAACCUUGCUCUUAGGCCCUGCCUCCUGAUUCCUCUUAGGUCUCUCGGGGUAGCACUGGAACAAAUAGCCUGACACAUAACCCUGUCUGUGCAAAUCAGAGGCCAAGGCCAGCGCUGUGGGAUUAAACUCACAUCGCUGUUCAGGAGCACACAAGAGUGUGCGAGGAUCGGCCGGAGAUGUGGGUGAGACAGCAGAACCACAGUACCCUGCAUUUUGCUGUUUGUGCUGCACUUCUCAGAUUUGUAAUUACUCAGUUACUUAGCUGUGCACUCUUUAAUCAUGGCUGACUUUGAAAACCCGUGCGUAGUCCCUGUACCCUAGGAGCCCUUUGUCGAGUCAGCUACCAAAAUUUGUCUGAAAGUGUAGGGACUCCCAAGUCGGGCACAACACUGGGGGUGCAGGCAUGCUUUCUGAGAACCCUCGCUGCUUGGCACCACCUGGGGUCCCCUCUGCCCCCUCCCACUCCUGAGCAAGAUGCUUCUCACAGAGGCUCAACUCUGAGGACUCUGGAGGGCUGUUGAGCGGACAGAGGGGAGAAUGUAGGUCAAGUGCAGGUUGCCAGCUCAAAAUUGUGAACUCUGGUGGUUCUGUCCCUGUCCCCAACCAUCUAUGAAAGCGACCUUCCUCUUUUUUUUUUUUCUUUUUUCUUUUUUUUUUUCGGAGCUGGGGACCGAACCCAGGGCCUUGCGCUUGCUAGGCAAGUGCUCUACCACUGAGCUAAAUCCCCAACCUUCCUCUUAUAGGCAGCAUUUUCCUCUACCUAUCUGUGGACAGUGGUUGCCCCGGGAGACUGCAGAGGGCCUGAGAAAUGUGACUUAGCCUAUGUGCAAGUCCUGGGUCCUCCUGGGCCCUGUAUUGAUCUCCGGUAAGCCCCAUGGCCCCACAGUGUCCGUGUCUGCAAGGUAGAGCUGGAACCGAUCCAUUCUCCUAGGUUGGGGGGAUUGAAGCUUGUGAAAUCCUGUGCUGUGCUUAAUGCCUGACAGUGCCCCGUCAUUCUUUUGUUUUGCCCGAUUGUUCUCAGGUGACUGAGAGCUCCCUCAGGCUAGAGUAUCGUGGUUCUGGUUCACUGCAGUUUGAUGAGGGAAGUAGUGAGUUUUAAUUUGGCUCCUGUGAGAUGGGGUCUAAUGCUGACGGCCAGUCUGGCCUUGAACUUGUAGCAGUUCCUCUCACCUCAGCCUCCCCCAAGUGCAGCAGUCUACACAUUUCCAUCAGAGUCCGGAGGUUAAGCUCUGUAACUGAGCAGUUGUUUUCCGUUUCAAAGGCUCAGGCGUGAGCAGCCUGUGAUAACGCAACGGUGAGUUAUGGAACAGUUGGUUGUUCUUUGUUGGUGGUUUUUGGUUUGUUUGGUUUGGUUUUUUGAGACAGCCUCAUGUAGCUCAGGUUCGUCCCCAACUCUCUAUGCAGCUUUGAAUGGCCUUGAAAUUCUGUUUCUCUUUUCCAGUGCUGAUACAGUCAUAAGCUAUCGGGCUCCAGAGCGAUGAUGACCUCACUGACUCCCAUUCCUAUUCCCAAGGUGGACACUAGUCUCUUCACAGGGCCAUAUUAGCACAGCAGUCAGAAGCUGGACUCUGAGCUAUGUUGCUUGGGUUGAACACCUACUUGUUAUGUGACCUCCGUCCUGUGACUUCUGUUCAACACUAUCUGUAGAAUAGGAGUGGCCUUAGUUCUGACCUAAAGGCUACCCGUGAGGCCCUGGAGAGAUGGCAGUGGUUAGAGCAGAGUUGUGCAUCCAAGGCGGGGCGGCAGGAUCUUCCCCAGGUUUAAUCAUUAAGCUUCCAGCUUCUGCAGCCAGCACUGGCGGCAGAGGCGAGGGGCCCACCUGUGGGUGGGAAGGUUGUGUGAAUGAAACUGCUGGGCUCAGGGCAGGGAUGCUGUGGCGCUGACCCAGUCCUGGCUCAGCACCAAGCAGGUGGCCUGUAACAGGCAGGCUUUGUUACCUUUGAGCUUUCUCCCAAACUCAUUCAGACCCAAGACCACGUGUCUGAUGAGUAAGGAAUCCUGUUAUUUCCCUUCCCCAAAGGGAAUAUUGGCAAAACAGCCUCUUUGGGAAUGUGCCUGUAUGCAGAGAGCAGCCAUCUCAGGGGAACUCCGGUAGCUGGCAUGGCCUGGAGGCCGCUGAAUAAGUCGUUAGAAGCUGGCACGGCUGGUUCCCAUUUCCGCAUUCCAGACACCCACAGCACAGGAGGAGGCACCACCCCAGGUCGGCCUAGGGAGCUGGGGCAGGUGGCCCUUGCCUAGGGAAAACCUGGGACAGGAGCCACACCUGGGGCCAACCUCGUAGCCAUCUUCCUGGAGUGUAAUCGCGGCUGUGUUCCGGGACGCCCGGUAGGUAUAGUAUCACCUUUGACCCUGGCCUUUGACCUUUGACCUUGGCUCUCGUUCGACGACGUUCUAAGGUGCACUAGCAUCCAGUGCAUGCUAAGAUGGCCAAGAAGACGUCUCCAGCACCCACAGGCCAUGGCCUGAAGCCUCCAUGCUCUCCGCCCCACUGAGCCACUGCAUCUGGAGCCCCCCACCCCCCACCCCCAUGAUACCUGCCUCCUGAGGCUGCAUCUGCGCUGCUGUCCACAGCGAUGGUGAAGAACUGGACUCUGCAGGCUCACAACCUUCAAGUGCACUUUCGGGGGCCAACACCCUUUGUCCCAGGACUGGCAGGCCUGAACAAUGGCUGAGGGCCAGGGGACCCCAUAGAGUUGCACCUCAACUUCCAGGGGCAGCAGCACUCCAGCGCCCGAGGACUAUGACCACCUAUCGGCCUCUUCCUAAUGAUGGUGUGGACCUGGCAACCAGCUGUGGGGCCAGGAGCACUGAUAUCCUCCCUGGGCCCCACCCCGGGGACUACACUCCCAUGGGAUUCUGGGCCCAGAAUGGCAGCAUGUCCCAGCCUCUUGGUGAGAGCCCAGCCACCGCCACUACCCGCCCUAGCCCCACCACCCCUGCCAUGCCCAAGAUGGGAGUGCGGGCCAGAGUGGCUGACUGGCCGCCCAAGCGAGAUGCCCUGAGAGAACAGAGCAACCCCAGCCCUUCACAGGACACAGAUGGUGUGAAGACCACCAAAGUAGCCCAUUCCAUGAGGAACCUACAGAAUGGACAGCUCCCCUCCAGCACCCCAGCUUCCUCAGGAUCCAGAGCCUUCCACCGACUGUCCAGGAGAAGGUCCAAAGAUGUAGAAUUCCAGGACGGGUGGCCACGGUCCCCUGGCCGGGCCUUCCUCCCUCUUCGGCAUCGGAGCAGCAGCGAGAUCACCCUCAGUGAGUGUGAUGUAGAGGAACCCGGAGACCCGAGGGGGACCCGGCACCCGGGGGUGCUGCCCCUCUUCCGAGAGUAUGGCAGCACGUCCUCCAUCGACGUGCAGGGCGUACCAGAGCAGAGUUUCUUCGACAUCCUCAAUGAGUUCCGCAGCGAGCAGCCAGAGGCUCGGGGCUCCCAGAACCUCAGUGAGCUCCUGCGGGUGGAUCCCGGCGCCCUCUCAGGGGGCAGCUGUGGAGCUAAGGGAGACCCCCGCAAUGGCCAGCCUACCAAAGAUAGUCUCCAGAGUCUACAGCCUCUCAAGGAGAAGGAGAAGGCCCGGAAGAAACCGGUGCGGGGCCUGGGCAGUGGGGACACUGUGGACUCGUCCAUCUUCAGGAAACUGAGGAGCAGUAAACCAGAGGGGGAAGUGGGGCGACCCCUGGGAGAGACUGAGGAAGGCCGAAGCCCCCCAGAAGCCAGCAGACCAUGGGUCUGCCAGAAGAGCUUUGCCCAUUUUGACGUGCAGAGCAUGCUGUUCGACCUCAACGAGGCAGCGGCCAACAGGGUGUCGGUGGCCCAGAGGCGUAACACCACCACAGGGGCCUCAGCGGCUUCUGCCGCCUCAGCUAUGGUGGCGCUCACAGCAUCACGGGCCCACAGCCUGGGGACCCUGGACCCGACCUUCACCAGCACGGAGGAUCUGAACUGCAAAGAGAACCUGGAGCAGGACCUGGGCGACGACAAUAGCAACGACCUGCUACUUAGCUGCCCGCACUUCCGCAAUGAGAUUGGCGGGGAGCGAGAGCGCAAUGUCAGCUUCUCCAGGGCCUCCGUGGGUUCCCCAGGGGGCAGCAGCGAGGCCCACAUGGCUGAGCCCGCCCUGAGCACCCACCGUACAAAUGCCAGCAUCUCGGUGCUGGAGGUGCCCAAGGAGCAGCAGAGGACACAGAGCCGGCCCAGGCAGUACAGCAUCGAGCACGUGGACCUGGGCGCUCGCUACUACCAGGACUACUUUGUGGGCAAAGAGCACGCCAAUUACUUUGGCGUGGAUGAAAAGCUGGGGCCAGUGGCCGUGAGUAUCAAGCGGGAGAAGCUGGAGGAUCAUAAGGACCACGGACCUCAGUACCAGUACAGGAUAAUCUUCCGGACUCGAGAGCUCAUCACGCUGCGGGGCUCCAUUCUAGAGGAUGCCACACCUACAGCCACCAAGCACGGGACAGGGCGGGGCCUGCCCCUGAAGGAUGCCCUGGAGUAUGUCAUCCCAGAGCUCAACAUCCACUGCUUGCGACUGGCUCUCAACACUCCAAAAGUCACAGAGCAGCUGCUGAAGCUCGACGAGCAAGGGCUGUGCCGCAAGCACAAGGUCGGCAUCCUCUACUGCAAGGCGGGCCAGAGCUCAGAGGAGGAGAUGUACAACAACGAGGAGGCCGGCCCUGCCUUCGAGGAGUUCCUGGACCUCCUGGGCGACAAGGUCUGUCUGAAGGGCUUCACCAAGUAUGCCGCCCAGCUGGAUGUCAAGACCGACUCCACGGGGACCCACUCCCUCUACACAACGUACCAGGACUACGAGAUCAUGUUCCACGUCUCCACCCUGCUCCCUUAUACUCCCAACAACAGGCAGCAGCUGCUGAGGAAGAGGCACAUAGGGAAUGACAUCGUGACGAUCAUCUUCCAGGAGCCCGGCGCCUUACCUUUCACCCCUAAGAACAUCCGCUCGCACUUCCAGCAUGUCUUCAUCAUCGUCCGAGUCCAUAACCCCUGCACUGAGAAUGUCUGCUAUAGCAUGGCCGUGACCCGAUCCAAAGACGCUCCUCCUUUUGGCCCCCCAAUCCCCAACGGAACCACAUUCCGCAAGUCUGAUGUCUUCAGAGACUUUUUGCUAGCCAAGGUAAUUAAUGCUGAGAACGCUGCUCACAAAUCUGACAAAUUCCAUACGAUGGCCACCAGGACCCGUCAGGAGUACCUGAAGGACCUCGCUGAAAACUGUGUCUCCAACACCCCCAUUGACUCCUCCGGCAAGUUCAACCUCAUCUCCCUGACCUCCAAGAAAAAGGAGAAGACGAAGGCCAGGGCAGGAGCAGAACAGCACAGUGCCGGGGCCGUUGCCUGGCGAGUGGCAGCUCAGGACUACGCCCAGGGCUCAGAGAUCGACUGCAUUCUGGGGAUUUCCAACGAGUUUGUAGUGCUCCUGGACCUGCGCACCAAGGAGGUGGUAUUCAACUGCUACUGUGGGGAUGUCAUUGGCUGGACACCAGACUCCUCCACAAUAAAAAUCUUCUACGGCCGAGGGGACCACAUCUUUCUACAGGCUGCAGAGGGUUCUGUGGAGGACAUCAGGGACAUUGUCCAGAGGCUAAAGGUGAUGACCAAUGGCUGGGAGACGGUGGAUAUGACCCUGCGGCGGAAUGGGCUGGGGCAGCUGGGCUUCCACGUGAAGUACGAUGGGACAGUGGCUGAAGUGGAGGACUAUGGGUUUGCCUGGCAGGCUGGCCUCCGGCAAGGCAGCCGACUGGUAGAGAUCUGCAAGGUGGCCGUGGUGACACUAAGCCACGACCAGAUGAUCGACCUGCUGCGCACCUCCGUCACCGUGAAGGUGGUCAUCAUCCCACCCUUUGAAGACGGCACUCCCCGACGGGGGUGGCCAGAGACCUAUGACAUGAGUACGUCGGAACCCAAGAUGGAGUCGGAAGCCGCCACCCCUGGGGGCCGACCCCCCUACCGCAGCAACGCUCCCUGGCAGUGGAGCGGGCCUGCCUCCCACAACUCCCUGCCAGCCACCAAGUGGACCACCCCUGCCACUCCCGGCCAUGCCCAGUCCCUGAGCCGACUCCCGAAGCACACACCCGGGGUGCCCUUCCGGGAGUCCCAGCCACUGCACAGCAAGAGGCCUGUCAGCUUCCCAGAGACACCUUUUGCAGCAUCACCAGCAGGGGCCGACAGAGUCCCUCCCUACCGACAGCCUUCUGGGAGCUUCUCCACCCCAGGCUCUGCCACCUACGCCAGAUACAAGCCGUCUCCUGAAAGGUAUGCAGCCGCCCCACACCCACUACUGUCAUUUGAUCCUCACUUUAUCCACGAUGGCAUGUCCAGCGGUGAUUCCUCUUCAGGUGGCCUGACCAGCCAGGAGAGCACCAUGGAGCGCCCCAAACCAGAGCCUCUGUGGCACGUGCCAGCCCAGGCCCGGCUCUCCGCCAUGACUGGAAGCAUGGGCAGCAAGCAUCCCUCCAGGCAGGACGCGGCUGGCAAAGACUCUCCCAACAGGCAUUCCAAAGGUGAACCUCAGUACUCAAGCCAUUCCAGCAGCAAUACCCUCUCCAGCAACGCCUCCAGCAGCCAUAGUGAUGACCGAUGGUUCGACCCCCUGGACCCCCUGGAGCCAGAGCCAGACCCCUUUUCCAAGGGAGGCUCGAGUGACAGUGGCAUCGAUACCACGCUCUACACCUCCAGCCCCAGUUGUAUGUCCCUAGCCAAAACACCGAGGCCCACCAAGCCACACAAGCCCCCCGGAAGUAUAGGUCUCUGUGGCGGUGGCCGAGAGUCGGCCGGGAGACCCCACCCUGCAGACAGACGGCGGGAAGUCUCCCCUGCUCCAGCGGUGGCCGCUCAGAACAAGGGCUACCGACCGAAGAUGUACUCCUCGGGCUCCAGCACUCCUCCAGGCCUGGUGGGGGGCAGCCGAGACCCACCCAGGCAAGCCAGUGACAUGGGUUCCAGGACCGGCUACCCGACUCAGGUUUACAAAACAACCAGUGCAGAGACUCCCCGGCCCUCCCAGCUCUCCCAGUGCAGCCCCUUCCAGCUCUCCACCUCGGUCCCCAAGUCUUUCUUCUCCAAGCAGCCUGCACACAACAAGCACUCAACGGGAUGGAAGAGAGCAGACGAGCCCCCACCACGGCCACUCCCCUUCACCGAAAGCAAGAAGCAGGUGGACACCAAUGCAAAAAACGUCUUUGGUCAGCCACGGUUGAGGGCAUCCCUGCGAGACCUCCGGUCCCCACGGAAGAAUUACAAGUCCACCAUCGAGGAUGACUUAAAGAAGCUCAUCAUCAUGGACAACCUGGGGCCAGAGCAGGAUCGGGACACAGGGCAGUCCCCCCAGAAGAGCCUGCAGCGGACACUGUCAGAUGAGAGCCUGUGUAGCGGACGCCGGGAGCCCAGCUAUGCCAGCCCUACCAGCCUGGAGCCUGGCCUGCCCAGCGACGUGCUCUUCACCAGCACCUGCACCUUCCCUUCCAGCACACUGCCCGCCCGCCGCCAGCACCAGCACUCCCACCCACCCAGCGGGGCACCCAACACCAUUCCAGCCACUGGCAAUGGCUUCCCAGAGAAGAAAUCUGCCAUCUCAGCCUCGGAGCUCUCACUGGCUGAUGGACGGGACCGGCCCCUGCGACGACUUGACCCUGGGAUGAUGCCACUACCCGACACGGCUGCUGGCCUUGAGUGGUCCAGCCUAGUGAAUGCGGCCAAGGCCUACGAAGUGCAAAGAGCUGUGUCCCUCUUCUCUCUGAACGACCCAGCCCUGAGUCCAGAUAUCCCUCCUGCACACAGCCCUGUGCACAGCCAUCUGAGCCUGGAGCGAGGCCCCCAGACUCCUAGAACCACUCCCACCAUGAGUGAGGAGUCACCGCUGGAUCUGACGGGCAAGGUGUACCAGCUGGAGGUGAUGCUGAAACAGCUGCACACGGACCUGCAGAAGGAGAAGCAGGAUAAGGUGGUGCUGCAGUCAGAGGUGGCCAGCCUGCGGCAGAACAACCAGCGACUGCAGGAGGAGUCACAGGCUGCCAGUGAACAGCUUCGCAAGUUCGCAGAGCUCUUCAGCAGGGAGAAGAAGGAACUCUGAGCUGCCCUGGGCUCGGCCCCUGGACAGCCCUGGCUGGCAGGCAGUGGGCUUCUGGUUGCAGGGGUAACAGGGCAUCCAGCCGCAGCCCCGCACCCACCGCCCUGCGACCUUCCGCUGUGUCUCAGGCCCCUGUCAGCUGCUCCCUGCCACCCCACAGGCCACCGUAGGCCACUCCUAGGACCCAGCUGCCUGGAGCUGUGACAGUGGGAGGGGCCCAGGAGCCCCUGCAUGAGAACUAUGGAACAAAGUGAGCCCUUCCUUCCCCCACUCCCUAGCACUCUGGGGCUCCUCUGUCCCCAGUGUACUACUGGCUCCAGGUAGCAUGGACAUCACCCCGAGUCCCCCUUCCAUACAGCAGCCAGGAGCACUUUCACAGAGUUUAAAUUAUUUUCCUGGGGCCCCAGAAUGGAUGGGAACCGCUAGCACCCAGACCCACUCCUUUGAGAAACCCCAUUUGUACAGCUAGGACUGUUUAUAUGAUCUUUUUUACCAUCUUCUCUCCGAGCAGCCACAGGCCCGUCUACCUUCGAGCUACUGAUCCGGCCAACCAUGGGCUCCUCCCCUAGGACAACUAGGCCACUGCCUCCCACUCCAGAGGCUUUGAGGGGCCUGGGGACAGGGCCGAGGCAUAGCCUUCUCCCCCCCCCAUAUGGUCCUCUUCUCUUUUACAAGUCUCCCUGGCCACACUCCAUCCCCCAGUGGCCACCAGACACGCUCACUGUGCUCCCCGGGGAGCACUCACAGUGCAGCCCCCAGCCCCCAGAGAUUCUCCAAAGGCAAUAAGGGGCAGCUCGGUGUGGCGACACGCUGCUUACCCAGGAAACAUGAAACACCCCCCCUUUUUUUCCUUCUUUAAAAACAAACAGAAAAGAAUAUAUAUAUAUAUAUUUAUUUUUUCAUGUAGAGUUGUGCCGGAACACGUUUGAAUGGCCACAGUCUGUGGAUUCCCCAACCCCCGUGGGCUGGAGGUCGGUGUGAGGACCCAGAGUAUAUGGGGGAGGCAGUCAGCAAGUAGUUGGCAGCACAGAUUGGACCCAGAGCCAUAGGUGGCCCAGCCCUCAGACCAGGACAGGCGCUCUGCUCCUGAUGGGCCAGGCUGAAGGGCAGGGCUUGAGGAAAGGGUACCCACAGCUCCCUGUGACCUGCUCUGACCCUGGGGAACCCUGGUUGUGAGGGAGCAGCCUGCCAUGCCUUCAACUCACAUGGGAUGAUGGUGGCAGACCAGGCCACCCAGUGUCCUCAACCCUGGCCACCCAGUGUCCUCAACCCUGGCCAACUACUGUGAUGUCCCCCUCCUGAUCCCCUUUCUGAAGGGUUCUCCAGCCCCCGCCCCUCCCUCUCCUCUCAGAUUUCAACCUGGAGCCUUCCCCUCCCCCCUCCCUUCAUCUCUUUCUUUAAUGCGUCUCCUCGAAUCUUCAGAUCAUUCAAAUCAUUUUGGGGACCUAAUCAUGUACAUUGAGAAUUGUAAAUUAUAAUUUUUGGUUUUGUUCUAUUAUUUUUGUAAGAAUUUCUGCAAAAAAAAAAGAAAUCUAUUUAAUUUGAGGUUGAUACUCUGAUGACUGGAGAUUAGCAGCAGGCUUGUUUUUUUCAUGUUGAUUUGUUCUUUUUGGAUUUUUUAUCAUUCUUUAUUGUCUUUUUUUCCCCCUCUUCCCAUCCCUGUCUUGAGAUUUCUGGCAUGUUUCAGGAGGUUUCAAAGGAAAUAAACGUUUCAUAGAAA